UCGAGAGGGCCAGCAUGUUGGUAAUCCUGCUGAACUGCGUUACUCUGGGGAUGUUUCAGCCUUGUGAGGACAGCCACUGUGAGACUGAGCGAUGCAAGAUACUGGAGGACUUUGAUGAUUUCAUCUUUGCUUUUUUUGCUGUGGAGAUGGUAAUCAAGAUGGUUGCACUGGGCAUCUUUGGGAAAAAGUGUUACCUUGGAGACACCUGGAAUCGGCUAGACUUCUUCAUUGUAUUGGCUGGGAUGCUGGAAUACUCUCUCAACCUGCAGAAUGUUAGUUUCUCUGCGGUCCGAACAGUCAGAGUACUUCGACCUCUCCGGGCUAUCAACCGAGUACCCAGUGAUCUUCUGCCAAGUAUCAACACUCUUGUGCUAGGACUGCAACCGUACAACACUGGAAUAGACUUCUGUGCUUAUGUGGUUUUCAUGUCCCCUCAAGCUGUUUUAAUUAAGCCUACAGAGAAGCUGCUCUUUUAUUAUCUGUGGAAGCUUAUGAGAAAUAAAAAGAAAGCAUGUACACCCCAUGGAUUCAUGGCCUGGCUAACACAGCAAGUUGAAGGAAUCCACUGCCUCACAGAGAUUGGCUUGCAGCGGCCUACCAGUCUAGACCUGCACAACUACUACCACACAGAAAACGAUGAUGAAAACCCAUUUAUCUGUUCUCAACCACGGGAGAAUGGCGUGCGUCUGUGCACCUCCAUCCCUACGCUCCACGAAGAGGGCCGGCAGUGCCAGCUGGACAUGGCAUCUUACAAUAGCACAGACAACACCACCUGCGUCAACUGGAACAAGUAUUACACCAACUGCUCUGCCGGAGAGGCCAAUCCCUUCAAAGGGGCCAUAAACUUUGACAACAUUGGUUAUGCCUGGAUUGCCAUCUUUCAGGUUAUUACUCUGGAGGGCUGGGUGGACAUCAUGUACUUUGUUAUGGAUGCUCACUCCUUCUACAAUUUCAUCUACUUCAUCCUCCUGAUAAUAGUGGGCUCAUUCUUCAUGAUCAACCUUUGCCUAGUUGUCAUAGCGACACAGUUCUCUGAGACCAAGCAACGGGAGAGUCAGCUUAUGAAGGAGCAGAGAGUGCGCUCCAGGUCCAAUGCCAGCACCCUAAAUAGCUUCUCUGAGCCAGGAAGCUGCUACGACGAGCUCCUCAAGUACCUAGUUCACAUCAUCCGCAAAGGCACCAGGCAAAUCGGCCACCUCAUCCGGGCCGCCGGGCGCCGUGCAGGCCUGCGGAUCUGUGCUUCUCCGCCACUGGAACCACCGGCCACGAAAAGACGGCAUCAGAAGCAGCGCCAGGGAUCCAUCCGUCCCGUCAUGCACCAUCAUCAUCAUCUCCACCAUCACUACCAUCUGGGCAAUGGGAGUGUCCGAACCGACGGGGGCAGAGAGGGGGACAACCAGAGUUCCCAAAGUGCCAAUGUCAACAACUCUGGGCAUCUCAUGCUACCUGUCAUUGUCCCUCAGCAGGAGCCCUUUUGUGGGUCUCUGGGCCCCAGUGGUGCAGAAUCAGUGCAUAGUGUUUAUCAGACUGCGGGUCACCUUGAGCCUCUGCGCUGCAGCCCCUCACCUUCUCCCAUGGUGUUUCAGGCAUACAAGAGGAACUCAGUGCCAUUUGCGGCUCCAGUACAUAAGAACUACCCUACGUUACAGUCAUCUCUGGCCUUAGAGCAGCUCAGACAGAGAAUCCUGGAGCCAGGAGGAGGCAGUUGCACUGCUAGUGUCCUUACCAACUUAAACAUCCCCCCAACUCCCAUCAACACCUCACAGUGCCUGGUGGAGACACAAGGUCCUCCUGGCAAGAUCAUCUUUAAGGAUGCGCUCAUGAAUUGCAGUGGCACAAACUUAGACACAACUUUGACCUUUGACCCUGAGACCUGUCCGUAUUGCGCCAAAGCGAUGGCCAACGACUCUGAGGGAGUGGAUGGGAAUGAGACGGCAGACUCUGACAGUGAGGGCGUGUAUGAGUUCACACAGGAUGCCCAUUAUCGGGACAGCAGAGAUCCCAACAGGAAGAAGAGGCUGUUUGCAUUAGGAGCUCGGGCAGCAAAGGUGGUCCAUUUCUGGAGGCUGGUGUGCGACACAUUCCGUAAGAUUGUGGAUAGCAAGUACUUUGGACGAGGAAUAAUGAUCGCCAUUCUCAUUAACACACUCAGCAUGGGCAUCGAGUACCAUGAACAGAUCAUCUUUAAGGAUGCGCUCAUGAAUUGCAGUGGCACAAACUUAGACACAACUUUGACCUUUGACCCUGAGACCUGUCCGUAUUGCGCCAAAGCGAUGGCCAACGACUCUGAGGGAGUGGAUGGGAAUGAGAUGGCAGACUCUGACAGUGAGGGCGUGUAUGAGUUCACACAGGAUGCCCAUUAUCGGGACAGCAGAGAUCCCAACAGGAAGAAGAGGCUGUUUGCAUUAGGAGCUCGGGCAGCAAAGGUGGUCCAUUUCUGGAGGCUGGUGUGCGACACAUUCCGUAAGAUUGUGGAUAGCAAGUACUUUGGACGAGGAAUAAUGAUCGCCAUUCUCAUUAACACACUCAGCAUGGGCAUCGAGUACCAUGAACAGCCUGAUGAGUUGACAAAUGCUCUGGAAAUCAGUAAUAUCGUCUUCACCAGUUUGUUCGCACUGGAGAUGCUCCUGAAACUGCUGGUUUAUGGUCCUUUUGGCUACAUCAAGAACCCUUACAACAUCUUUGAUGGUGUUAUUGUGGUAAUCAGUGUCUGGGAGAUUGUUGGCCAGCAGGGAGGAGGUUUAUCGGUGCUGAGGACCUUCAGACUCAUGCGUGUGUUGAAGCUGGUCCGCUUUAUGCCCGCCCUGCAGAGGCAGCUGGUGGUCCUGAUGAAGACCAUGGACAAUGUUGCCACCUUCUGCAUGCUGCUUAUGCUUUUCAUAUUCAUUUUCAGUAUUCUAGGCAUGCACCUGUUUGGAUGCAAAUUUGGUUCUGAGAGAGAUGGAGACACACUUCCUGACCGCAAGAACUUUGACUCUUUGCUUUGGGCCAUUGUAACAGUUUUUCAGAUCUUAACUCAGGAGGACUGGAAUAAGGUACUGUAUAAUGGGAUGGCCUCCACCUCUCCUGUGGCUGCUCUGUACUUCAUCGCCCUCAUGACUUUUGGAAACUAUGUCUUGUUCAACCUGUUGGUGGCUAUCUUGGUGGAAGGAUUCCAAACUGAGGAAAUACCCAAGAAGGAAGAUUUGCAUGGUCAGCUGAGCUGUAUUCAGCUGCCUAUAGACUCAGGGGGUGAUGCCUCAAAGUCGGAUUCUGAAGCAGACUUCUAUACACGGAGCUUGGAGGAUGUUUCAGGAUGUAAGAAGGAUCUGUCUGCAUUAUCUGGUGAGACCCACAGAGCAUACAGGCGCUCCAGCUGGAAUAGCCUGGGCCGAGCCCCCAGCCUCAAGAGGCAGAAACACCAGUCUGGCGAACGGCGCUCCUUGCUGUCCGGCGAUGGCCAUUCCAGCUCCGAUGAGGGAGAUGCGGGAGAGAGCGCAGGCGGCGGGGACAUGUCCGAGGGUGAUGAUGCCUCCCUCGCCAGGACAGACUCCCUGGGCCAGAUGCCUCGGCACAGGCGCAUGGAAUCCCUGGAGACACGCAGCUCGUUUGAUCUGCCUCCAGACACCCUGCAGGUGCCAUACAUGCAUCGUUCCGCCAGCAUACACAGCGCCCGGCCGCCCAACUUCCUCAGCAACGGCAAGAGUUCUCCAUCUGCAGCCACCACUCAGCUUUCUCUAGAUGAACACCACAGCGAGGAUGACAAUGCAGAUGAUGAAGGAAACCUGAGUCGGAAGGCUCGUCUCUACCGAUGGCUGGAGCACAAGCAGCCCCAGUGGUGUCGGGAGAGGGUCACCUGGUCUCUUUACCUGUUCCCCCCUCAAUCACGGUUUCGUGUAACCUGCAAUAAAAUCAUCAAUCACAAGAUGUUUGACCAUGUGGUUCUUAUCAUCAUCUUUCUCAACUGCAUCACUAUCGCCAUGGAGAGACCCAGAAUCGACCCCUCCAGCGCUGAACGCAUCUUCCUGACGUUGUCCAACUACAUAUUUACUGCCAUCUUUGUGACCGAAAUGACAAUAAAGGUGGUUGCUUUGGGCUGGUGUUUCGGGAAGAAGACCUACCUGAAGAGCAGCUGGAAUAUUCUCGAUGGUAUGCUGGUGAUGAUCUCCGUGAUUGACAUCCUGGUAUCCAUGAUCUCCAACAGCGGCACUAAGAUCCUGGGAAUGCUUCGGGUGCUACGGUUACUGAGGACCCUGCGUCCACUCAGAUGA